CGUCUGUCUCCCCAGCUGUCGCAACAUGUGAAGAAAACAUGGAGAGGCAGUUAGUUUGACAUGUAAAUGCUGCUUAUGUAAAUUCACAAAUCACUAAAUGCGACGUUUGUGUAACUUUUUACUCCACGUCUCGACUCUGUAAGUAGCUCAAAGCGUGAUAGACCAAACUCGGGUUAGCUAGCUUUACUCGAACGGUUGCUCUUUGGUUGUUGUAAUAGCUUGUAGCCAGCUAACAGCAUGGAUAACACGGAGGAAAAUGCGAUUGAGCUCCACGGAGAUGAGGAAAUUAUUGAAGUGAUCGACCUAAACGAGACGGAGCCUGGCCCAGAUGACUUGGCGGAUAACUUGGAGGACGUUGACUUUGAAGAUGCUGGAAACGCAGAUGAUGACAAUGAAGGCUGGGAGACGGAGGACGAGAUGGAGGCUGAGGCAGAGCAGGAUGACAGCGAGUUCACCUUCUCCAAACACACUGGCUCAGUGUUUUGUGUGAGUUUGGAUCCUGCGACAAACAGCUUGGCUGUAACAGGAGGAGAGGAUGAUAAGGCCUAUGUGUGGAGGGUGAGCGAUGGAGAGGUUCUGUUGGAGUGCACAGGUCACAAAGACUCCGUGACGUGUGCCUUGUUCAGCCACGACUCCUCGCUGGUGGCGUCGGGUGACAUGAGCGGCAUGAUUAAGGUUUGGAAAGUGGAAACCAAAGAGGAGAUCUGGUCCUUCGAAGUGGGAGAUCUGGAGUGGUUGGAGUGGCAUCCCUGUGCUCCGGUGCUGCUGGCGGGAACAGAUGACGGCAACAUGUGGAUGUGGAAGAUCCCUGCAGGAGACUGUAAAACCUUCCAGAGCUCUGCAUGCCAGUCCACCAGUGGCAAAGCCCUACCCGACGGUAAACGGGCUGUGGUUGGUUAUGAGGACGGGACAGUCCGUGUUUGGGAUUUGAAGCAGGGCAACGCCACCCACGUCAUUAAAGGUCAGGACGGACACCAGGGAGCGCUGACCUGCCUGGCCUGCAACAAGGACGGCUCUCUGGUGCUGACGGGUUCAGUGGACGGCUGCGCCAAGAUCAUCAACACCGCCACGGGCAAGGUGGUUGGAGCAUUCUCUUUGGACGGAGGCAAAGCAAAAGGAUCGAAGGACGAGGAAGACUCCAACUCUGUGGAGUCUGUGGGAUUCUGUAACAUCCUGCCUCUCAUAGCUGUGGCGUACCUAGACGGGACUCUGGCCAUAUACGACCUCUCCUCACAGGUCCUGAGGCACAGGUGCCAACACGAGGCUGGCAUCGUGCACCUGCAGUGGGAAGAGUCUUCUUCUGUGGUGUCCACCUGCUGUUUAGACGGAGCUCUGCGCCUAUGGGACGCUCGUUCUGGCAACAUGGUGUCCGAGUACCGCGGCCACACCGCCGAGAUUCUCGACUUUGCCAUAAACAGGGAAGCAUCUCUCGCAAUAACGGCCUCGGGGGACAACCAGGUGAAAGUGUUCUGCCUCCAAAGACCUGACCGGUAAAUCGAGCACGAAGACACGAGAAGAAGUAUUUUAGCAGAAACAGCAGAGACUUUGGAUUGAUCAGACUUUUUGUUCUCCAUCACUGGAGAACACGUUUCCCUUCUCUUCAGGAUUAAAAAAAAAAAAUCUCUUGUGUUGCUCUCACCAUCUUAUCUGACCUGCUUCAGUCGGACCGUAGCAUCCAAAAGAUGACUUGUUCGGUUUUCAUCAGUACUUCAGUGGAGCUUAAUUGGCAGACGAUAAAGCUAAUUCAAGCGUGCCUAAUGUAAGUGAGCAAAAAAAAGGAGUUUAUGGUCUGUUUGAAGGACAGGGAACAGAACUUCUUGUCUACACAGUUUCAAGUGUGAUUCUUUAAAACAAUCUGUUCUCAUUUCUUUUUAAAUACACUGUUUCUGAAAUAGACUAAACAAAGUGGAAUUAAGCGAGGGAUACAUUCUAGUGUCCUGCCUUUGAUAUCCCGCUUAAUGUUCUGUCUUCUAAAAUGUUUUAGAGAUAAAAAAAUUUCCUUUGGUCUUGAUGAUUUUUUUUUUUCCAUAAUUGGAUCUUUUUAGUUUGCUAAAUGUCAGGACUGCAUUUCUCUAAGUCCCAGUUUUUCCUUUUGAGGGUGUGUGUGGUCUUCCAGCUCUCACACAGGUUGUUGGGUCAAAUUAUCUCACCAAAUGUUGAUGAAAACUAAUGUGUAAAUACAAAAUGAUAAAUAAUAUACCUCCUUCUUGGUAACAAUUAAAAUUCAUUAUCAACCAAG